AAGGGAAGCUGCAGUGUGCCAGCCCCCUCCUCACACUAAUGUUUAUGUGCUUUGUCAGCUGUGUCUUGUCUCUUGCGCAAACUCUGGACUUCGAGCCCGAAUCCCUCAACGUUUAUCUUCAACUAUCUCCAGCUUUCUUAUCACGUCGUAUCGCUCUUCUGACCAACCCCUUUCGGACCUUGAGCAGACCCAACUCGGUCCAGACUAUUUUCCUUUUUUUUUCUACCCCCUCCCCCGCUAACUGUGAAACAUGACAUUAAAUUCCAAUAAAAACGAACCUGCUGUCAUUCUGGAGCGUGUCAACAGCGCACGAACGGCUCUCUCCGAUCUCUAUCUGGAACAGCUGCUGCAGAAUAAACCGAAGUCAGACAAGGCUGCCAUGCAGACAUACGACUGCAAAGGACAGGAAGUCUUCACCAAUGGCAGCGCUGGCCACAUGAACGGCAAAGAUGUAAGCAGGAUGCGAGAAGUGGCCUUUGAGAAGAAUCCCUCUGAACCACUGGGUGUAACUCUUAAGCUGAAUGAAAGGCAGAGGUGUACAGUGGCGAGAAUAUUGCAUGGAGGGAUGAUACACAGACAAGGUUCUUUACAUGAAGGUGAUGAAAUUGCAGAGAUCAAUGGGAAAAGUGUUGCUAAUCAAAGUGUAGACCAACUACAGAAGAUUCUGAAAGACACAAAUGGUGUUGUCACAUUGAAAAUCAUCUCCAAUCAGCAAUGUCGCCCCAUGGCAUGUGAGAUGUAUAUGAGAGCACAAUUCGACUAUGACCCCACCAAAGAUGACCUCAUCCCGUGCAAAGAAGCCGGCCUAAAAUUCCAAACGGGUGACAUCAUUCAAAUUAUCAAUAAGAAAGAUCCAAAUUGGUGGCAAGGAAAGGUGGACAACUCCUCCACAGACUUCGCAGGGCUCAUCCCUUCUCCAGAACUUCAGGAAUGGCGACUAGCAAGCAAAAGCAAAGCAACACGGGAAGGCAGCCAGUCCUGCAGUCCUUUUGGCAAGAAGAAGAAAUGCAAAGACAAAUACCUUGCCAAACACAGCUCAAUCUUUGACCAGCUUGAUGUAAUAUCCUAUGAGGAGGUAGUGAGACUGCCCGCAUUCAACAGAAAAACUCUGGUUCUCAUUGGUGCACCUGGAGUUGGAAGGAGCCAUAUUAAAAAUUCACUGCUGAGCAAAUAUCCUGAGAAGUUUGCUUACCCAGCACCACACACCACUAGACCUCCGAAGAAAGAUGAGGAGAAUGGCAAAGAGUAUUACUUUAUUUCCAAUGAUGAAAUGACCAAAUGUAUCAUCGGGAAUGAGCUACUUGAAUACGGCAGUUACCAGGGACACAUGUUCGGGACUAAGAUCGAAACCGUCUACAAGAUUCAUGAGCAAGGGAAAAUCGCUGUGCUGGAUGUUGAACCGCAGACGCUGAAAGUGCUCAGAACGGCAGAGUUCGCUCCUCUUGUGAUGUUCAUUGCUCCUACUAACACUGCCAAUCAGUCAGAGGCGGUGCAGAACAUCCAGAAAGAAUCUGACGGCAUUCUCAGUGCAUACCGCCACUUUUUUGACGAAAUGCUCGUCAACAACGAUGUAGAUGAAAGUGUUAAGGGUGUGGAGGAAGCCAUCGAGAGAGCCUCCUCAACCCCGCAGUGGGUACCAGUCUCUUGGGUGUACUAAAAACCCCAAUCCCUUUCCCCAUCGCUCCUCCAAAACUAGCAUAUGAGUGAACCCCACUCACACGGUGCCCUGCUUAAUACAGUCAUUAUCGAGACAGUUUGCACAUGAAUAAGUGUUUUAUAGAAUGUUUGGGAAAAAAAGCAAUAAGUUUGUUCUUUUUGUUUAGUAUGUGAAUGAUUUUCAAAUGACAGAGCGUUAUAGCAUUAAGCGAUGACAUUUGUUAGCGAUGCAAAAAGGACCUCUACUGUGAUUCAAAAUACCACUCAGUUCAUUAAGGUCUGUUGGUUUUUGAUCUUCCCUGGAGUUUCAGUGUGUUUUUUGUACCAUGUGCCAUGGUGUUCGUCUUAAAUAUAAUUACAUAAAAAAGGUAAAAAAAAAAAAAAAAAAAAAAAAAAAAAAACACAGGGAAAUUGUAUCAAUCAAUAUUUGAAAGCAGGUUUGUCGUGUCCUGAAAUGUUCUUCACAAUGAUAUAUGGAUUUACCUCAAGUCAUGUUGUAAGGCACUUUUAAAAGAACUGAAUAAACCUCUCCCUACACUCCCA